UAUCGAUUGGUUUUCAUGCUGGUGAAAUAAUCAAUACUUUUUAAAAUUUGAUGAGGAUUUAUUAUCUGUGGGUUUCCAUACCGCCCGAAGAACUGAUGGUGUGGUCUUUGGUUUAAUUUUACUAAAAUGGUUCGGAAACUUAAAUAUCAUGAACAAAAAUUGCUAAAAAAAGUAGACUUUAUCUCUUGGGAAGUAGAUAAUAAUUUGCAUGAAGUAAAAGUGCUGAAACGAUAUCACAUUCAGAAAAGGGAGGAUUAUACAAAAUACAAUAAAUUGGCUAGGAAUAUAAGGGAACUGGCUAGAAAAAUUAAAGAGAUCGACGCCAAAGACCCGUUUAGGAUACAAUCAAGUGCCCAGCUAUUAGAAAAGUUGUAUGUCAUGGGACUUAUCCCAACUCGAUGGGAUCUCAGCCUCGCGGAGAAGGUGACUGCCUCCUGCUUUUGCCGGCGCAGGCUACCGGUGCUUAUGGUUCGAAAUAAAAUGUCUGAAAAUAUAAAAGGUGCUACCAAAUUAAUAGAACAGGGUCAUGUGAGAGUUGGUCCUGAAGUUGUAAAAGAUCCUGCGUUUUUGGUGACUAGGACGCUGGAAGAUUUUGUUACAUGGGUGGAUAGUUCCAAGAUUCGCAGACAUAUUUUGGAAUAUAAUGGAAUGUUUUGGAAGUAUCAAAGAAAACGCUGUUACCUCGAAUAUGAAAACGGCAGCAGCUCUGAAAACCAAAUCUUUCCAAAAGCUGAACGUCAGUUGGUAGGCCAGGGGCGCCUCGGGCGGGUAAUAGUGACCGCGGUAAAAGCAGAUUUCUUGUUUGUUCGGGAUUCUCUGGUAGAGCGGUUGGUGUGCCGUUGCGAACCCUGCAAAGGGAAAGAGAUUCGCGGCGAGCUUGAAGGUACCAUUGCACGUGGUGGACGUUUGUUUCAACCCGUUAGUGUUUAAAUUGUUUUAGCAUUUGCGAUGCAAUUUUAGUGAUUUGUGUUGGAGUGGCGGCUGCUCCUUCGGUUUGCAGUUUGUGCAAUUACUGAUUUUAGGUGGAUUUGUCGCGUGUUGCGUGAUCGCAGUUUUUUUUAUUAGUUUUGUGUUUUUAGAUAUGAAUCGAGGCCUAUUCUUAUUAUAUUAUUAUUAUCGAUCUGGCUAAACUUAUUUUUUGGUAAGUUUCAAAAAAGAGAAAUUGACGCAGUUAUCGCAAAAAGAUGCAUAUUAUCGUUUGAAACUAAGUUAACAGAAAUUAGAAAUAACAUCACUUUAGACGACUUUGAGUGAUCCUCAUCUAAUGCAAAGCGUCGUAAGCUGGAUGAUGACUCUGCGGAAUAUUCGCGGGAAGCAAAAGGGAGUUUGCGAUAUUAUCAUAUAUCAAGCAAAGGAACCACUUAGUGGAUGCCAGUCUUUUUUUUUCUGAAGAGUACAGCUAAUAUAGUACAAAAAUGUAAAAAUACAAUCACAAAUUUCUCAUUUUUCAUCGAACAAAACCUCCGUACAGAAUUGAGCGUCAUUUAUGACACGGAAGAAUUUAAAGCAAUUUCGGGGCUUCUUGUACUUUCUGAUUUUAUUUCUCAAAAUACCGAGCUAAGGGAAACUUAUUCAUAAAAAUUUUAAUAACGGUCCCCUCAAACAUUUUUAAUUACCAAGAAAGACAUUCGGCAUUGGCUAUCUAAAGAAAGAAAUCUUAUUGACAGCAUAUCUGACUUCAGUCAGAGAGUUAUC